AUGCCCGAGGUCACCACCGCCGUCUCUGCUGUUCCGCCAUCCCCCAUUACCAUAGAUGCGGCCAGGAGCCAACCUCCAAAGAAACAACCCUACCCGUUCUGGCUGGGAGGCGUUGCUGCAACAAUUGCUGCCUCAAUUACCCACCCAUUAGACCUCACCAAAGUCAGACUGCAAGCCUCAGGCGACAAGCGCAUGAUCCAGAGCAUUAAGAAGACGGUCAGAACAGCUGGUGUUCGAGGUCUUUUUGAUGGAAUUUCGGGGACAUGGCUUCGACAGAUGACCUAUUCUAUUUGUCGCUUCUGGGCCUACGACGAGAGCAAGAAGAUUGUGGGUGCCGGCAAAGACGCUCCUGCUUGGAAACUGGCUCUUGCAGGCAGCAUGGCGGGAGGAAUCGCUGGUCUAGUCGGCAACCCAGGAGAAAUCGUAAUGGUCCGGCUGCAGGGCGAUUUUGCGAAACCUCCCGAGAAGCGCUUCAAUUAUAAGCAUUGCUUCGAUGCCUUAUUCCGGAUGGUCAGAGAAGAAGGAGUCUCAUCACUUGCUCGAGGCGCGGGGCCAAACGUCUUCCGUGCAGUCCUGAUGAACGCCAGCCAGCUGGCUUCGUACGACUUCUUCAAAGCCGAACUCCUCAGCACGAAGUACUUCGAAGAUAACAUCGUCUGUCACUUCACUGCUAGUUUCGCUGCGGGAACUGUGGCAACAACUAGCCGUUUAGCUGACAUUCAGUGCGACUUUGAACAGUCGCGAAUCAUGAACGCGUCGGGUCCUGGGUCAAACUCGACAAUGGCAGUCAUCCGGAAAUCUAUGGCUACGGAAGGACCGAUGUUCAUGUUCAAGGGAUGGGUGCCUGCUUGGACUCGACUCCAACCUACAACGAUCUUGAUCUUCAUGAUUUUCGAGCAGUUGAAGAACCUUGUGGAUGUGUCGAGGAGCCAUGGGUUCACGUUGCUGUAAUGUGACACGAAGCUGGGAAGUCGUAGUAGGUUCUAUCUAUCAGCAAUACCGCUAGCGUUACCCUAUUUGCUGUGAAGCCGAGUGGAAGGCGGAAGGCGGAUGUCUGAAGCUCUUUUUGUAUCCUGUUUGUAACAUAAAUCCUGAUGGAGGGUUGUAUCAGUAGAUGUAACUUUAGAGCCCAAUGAGCUGUUGUAUGAUUAUCGACGUCCUUGUUGUGGUGGUCACCACCUUCAAAGCGACCCAUAGCUCUGCAGUACAUUGUGAAUAGCCAUAUGUUGGGCAU